GUCACCGAGCAGCCAGUUCCCUCCAGCGGCGGAGAGCUUCAUUUUCUGAUCCGCUUUUGUGCUAAAAUGGAGGCUGGCCUCUCGCCCUGAGUCGAUGCGCCUUCCUGGUUGAGGUUUAGAUGUUGACAUGCAAUAAACCCGGAGACAGGAUGGUCGUGGACGCACCGAACUCCAACGGGCCCUUCCAGCCGCUGGCCCUCAUGCACUUCAGAGAUGUGGCCCCCGCUGAGCAGGAGAAGCUCUUCAUCCAGAAGCUACGGCAGUGCUGUGUUCUAUUCGACUUCCUGUCCGACCCGCUGAGCGACCUAAAAUGGAAGGAAGUGAAGCGGGCGGCGCUGAGCGAAAUGGUGGAGUACAUCACCCACAACAGGAAUGUCAUCACAGAGCCCAUCUACCCAGAGGUGGUGCACGUGUUUUUGGUGAAUAUGUUCAGAACAUUGCCUCCAUCAUCCAACCCCACCGGAGCGGAGUUUGAUCCAGAAGAGGACGAGCCAACACUAGAAGCAGCGUGGCCACACCUCCAGCUCGUCUAUGAAUUUUUCCUUAGGUUUUUAGAAUCGCCCGACUUUCAGCCCAACAUAGCAAAGAAAUACAUCGACCAGAAAUUUGUUAUGCAGCUCCUAGAUCUAUUUGACAGCGAGGAUCCCAGAGAGCGAGACUUCCUCAAAACAACCCUCCACCGGAUCUAUGGAAAGUUCCUGGGGCUGAGAGCGUACAUCAGAAAACAGAUCAAUAACAUUUUCUAUAGGUUUAUCUAUGAGACGGAGCACCACAAUGGUAUAGCUGAACUACUGGAAAUACUUGGAAGCAUAAUCAAUGGAUUUGCCUUACCACUAAAAGAAGAGCACAAAAUAUUCCUGUUGAAGGUUUUACUGCCUCUGCACAAAGUCAAAUCACUUAGUGUCUACCAUCCACAGCUGGCUUACUGUGUGGUGCAGUUUUUGGAAAAGGACAGCACUCUAACUGAGCCGGUGGUAAUGGCUCUACUAAAGUACUGGCCAAAGACUCACAGUCCCAAGGAAGUGAUGUUCCUCAACGAGCUGGAGGAGAUCCUGGACGUCAUCGAGCCGUCUGAAUUUGUGAAGGUGCAGGAGCCUCUGUUCCGACAGCUUGCCAAGUGUGUGUCCAGUCCGCACUUCCAGGUGGCAGAGAGAGCUCUGUACUACUGGAACAACGAGUACAUCAUGAGUCUGAUCAGCGACAACGCAGCCAAGAUUCUGCCCAUCAUGUUCCCGGCUCUGUACCGCAACUCGAAAACCCACUGGAACAAGACCAUCCACGGCCUCAUCUACAACGCUCUGAAGCUCUUCAUGGAGAUGAAUCAGAAGCUCUUUGACGACUGCACGCAGCAGUUCAGGGCUGAGAAAAACAAAGAGAAGGCAAAGUCAAAAGAACGCGAGGAGGCUUGGAUUAAGAUUGAGAACCUCGCCAAGUCAAAUCCACAGUUCUCUAUGUAUGUUGAUUCCUCUGACCUCAAUAGUCCUGUAGCAAUGGAGACGGAUGUCCCUUUGAUAGAAGAUGUUCAGAGGUUAAAAGAGACAGUUGAGGAGGGCGCGACUCAGUUGCAGCAUGAACAGCGGAAAGAGCGACCCAUGGUGCGACGUAAAUCUGAGUUGCCUCAGGAUCUUUACACCACAAAAGCCUUGGAGUCCCACCGCAGAGCUGAAGACAUGUUGAUCACCCACGAUGGACUCUAGGUCCCGCCACCUGCCGGCUCUUGGUUCAACUGCCCCUUCUACCCUCGACAGCCAUGGACAUCCACUCGGCCCGUUCGCCGGAACUACACUUAUGAACCCCCCGCGCUGGGCUCUCAUCCCCGUCCCCACCAUCUGUUUCCCCAGAAUCCUUAGUUCUCCUUCAUUCCCUGCUGCCACAGUGCAGAAGCUGUAUAUUCACCUCCUUCAGAGUUCUGCUUUCUCAGGUUUUUGUUUUUCAGUUUAGGAAGAGGAGUGGGUGUGUGUUUGUGUGUCUUUAAGCCCUCGCCACAAUCUGUGUGUUCUACUUUUGUUUUCCCUUUUCGGUUCCUCUCACCUGGUUCCUUCAUUCCUUUUUGCAAACGUGUUCACUGAGGAUGAGACGUGGUUUAAUAAUAAGCGACUGACUCACUGUCUAAGGAUCGUCUCUUGGUCUCUGCUUGGUUUUCUUUUCUGUCAAAGGGAACAAAAACAGAACCUGUUGGUCCAAUGAAAGACAAGACUUUCCUGCCAUCUGUUGUACGUUUUCUGUUUUUUUUUUGCUCAAUCUGAUGGACAUCUUAUCAGUGCCAAGACUUUGUGUUUUUUGUUGGUUUUGUUUCAUGUUUUUAUCUGGGACACCUGCCUUUGUUUCUGGUCACUGGUGUUUGAAAGUUUUUGUUUUUUUUAGUUUAGCACAUUUAAGACCAAACUGAGGCCUGUCCUUAGCCUUGCAACGUCCAGGAAAGAUGGCGAGGAAAUGGGGAAGUUGUCCUGUGGACAUCUGACACUUUUCCACUUUAUUGUUUUGUGCCAUACGCCGCUCUUUUUAUAUGCUUGCUUCCUUACGUUCACUGGCGAUGUUUGAGAACCAGAUCAUAGUGAUGCCGAGACGGUUCAAACAAUGGUACUCACUGGGUUUGAGUUGAGCUGAAGAGGGUAAGCCUGGAUGAACAGCUGCAUUUGCUACCUAAAGGCCGGAGCAUGCUUCUGCGUUGUCAGGGGCCAGCAAGCACUAUUUGGUCCAUAUUCGUUCUACUAAAUCUUCCGUGGUUUCCGGGCAUGAACUGGAAAUGCGACUCCGGAAAUGAUGUAGUUAGCAGACCAAUCACAGCCCUUGCGGGCGGGUGACGCUUGCGGGGCUUUGCCGUCUAGUUAGAAAAAUUGGCCGACGCACGUAAGGACGUAAGAAGGGCUACGUUAGCACGUAGGGGGCCCGGCAGGGCUCUUGCGCUUCCGGGCCCGUGAAAACGCAGAAGCAUCCUCCGGCCUUAAGUUGCAGUAAUUAUGUUCUGGUUUUAUAAAACAUGCACAUGAGCAGAAAGACUGAGAGCAUGGCCGUGUUUAAGGUGAGUGUUGGGUUUUAUAUAAAAAUAUGUUUCCUGUAAAACGAAUAGAGAUGAUUGUCUGUGUAAAGGAGAUAUAAUCGUGUUGUUGGGUGGGAGAGGGGCACAGAUCUGUACUGUCACAGCGUCGUGUGUUUUUUUCACUCACUGAUGGUUUUAAGCAGCCGUUACUGAGUUAGAACCUCUGCUCAACGUCUCCUUCUAAAGAGCAUGAAGGUGUUUUAGUAUUGUAUGGGAUAAAGAUUUUAAAAUCCUCAUUAUUAAUUAAAAAUAAAUUAAUUUAUUAACAAACUUUUGAGCAGAUAGUAGCUGUGAACAUACUGACGUUAGAUGAUCAGUGAAAUUACUUGCUGAGAGCAACCAAUAUAAAAGACGUGUGGCAUGUUUGUGUUGCUACCAUUCAUAAAUUCAGUUGCCUGGUUCUCGGGCUCGGGGUUUUCGAACACUUCUCAGUGAGGGACUGGUUUGAAAGUCGGAAAGUAUCUUCCAGUCAGUACCAUUGUUUAAACUGAGGAGGUCUGCUAGAUUUCUUCAUAUUUGACGUGGUGUAUUUCUUUGUCUUGUCUCUGGAGGUUAGUAGCGUGGAUGUCAGGUGUUGGAUUCUUUUUGUUUUGUUUUCCUUCCUCUGGCCAUUCAGAAUGCCCGACGCUGAAACAGACUGGUAUCAAAUAAUGGCCACAAAAUGCCAGAUAGAUACUGAAAAUAAACUGACAUUGUGACUUGGCUUGUUAACUGUAUUAAUACUGUAUUUGCUUGAAUGCAAAAAUAUGUAAAUUAAAACUACCAUGUUAAACAUGUACCUUUUACCCUGGAGGAAUGCCAUUCACCAAACGGAUUUCUGUCAUUGCGUUUAUGAAACAGUCCUGCUUGCUGGGAGAAGAUGUUUUAUGGAUUUUAUGAGUUUAAGAUGUUAGAGGUUUAUUUUAAAAAAUGACAAAUCAUCCACAAAUAACGAGAUGAUUUCAAGAUGAUUUGGUGGCUUGUCACUCUGCAGGAUCUUUGCAGAUCUUUUAAUUUUAACACAUUAUUUCCAAAACAUGAUAACUUAAAGUGUCCUUUUGUAUGUGACCUGUACUAUAUGAUUCAUUUAAUAUUGUAUAUAUGAUUUACCUUGUUUCAUGUAGUGUUAUAUAUAAAUAUAUAUAUCUAGAUUAAUUUUGUACAAAUUGUCCCUCUGUACAGAAUAAAAAACAUCAAUAGCAAGUUAAAGAAGUAAAUCUGGCACAUACCGUAUGAUUUCUCCUGUUUCGGCCGGAAACUCUCAGUGACACAGUUUAGAAAAUGUUCUUAUUUUUCUUAAAAAUAAAAAUCUGCAAAGUUUCCUCCAUCCUCAAAGUAACUGACAAAUGUUUCAAGCCCGUUGUGUGCUCCUAUCACUGUCGUUAGUGGUGUACAACUAUGUAGAAUGAAUAAAGAGACUAUUUGAAUAUAUAUUUUCAA